UGCCACAACAAAACAUUCCGCUGUCAGCCAAUUCACGGCUCUACACAAGUACUUGCUGGCACGUACAGGCCGAUGCAGAUACACGCAAAAUACUUACUUUUAAACCGGCAACUUCUGCUAUUAGCCGCGAUCGAGAACCUGCUUGAGUAAUAUCGAAUCUGACCCGGAGUCGUAAAGGCUGUGCGGGGCGAAGUCGGGGGAGACGGACAGGAAAAAAAACAAAGAUGGCUGUGUAGCCAGAGAGACGAGUCCCAACAGAACUGUGUCUACUCGCGGCUUUAAUCACCGACAGGUCCCGCGAGUCCCGUGGACAGUUAGACGGUGCCGGAGCAGGGACGGUAGAAAAGCAGCGGAGCUGGGCCGCUGAUGCACAUCGUUGUAAUCUGCUGUCAUUGCGAAUAACGGCGUCGAGAGCACAACAACAGCUGAGAGGCGCCUGAGUUGUUUUUGUUCUGCCUGGGCAAAGGGAAAGGACUGCUGUGUUUUGUCAACGUAGCUAGCCGCAUAGUCUGCUAGCCGCACUGCUCAGCCUGGUCGCGGCAGGUUCAUCGCAGACAUUUUUAGACCGUCAUCGCCAUGUCUUCACUGGAAGAGAGGGACGUGGGCGUUGCGGCCGCCCCUGGCUCCUCCUCGGCCGGCCUGGGGGUCGGGGCCGUGGGGGCAGCGGUGGAGGCUGUCGCCGGGGUCGCGGCCAUGCAGGAGGAGGUCGGGAUACGCCGCGAAGGGCCCGAGCCAGAUCCGGACGAGCCACCCAAGAAGAGGGUGAAAGUCCCUGAGGGAGAGUCAGGGAAGCUGGAGGAGAGACUGUACUCAGUGCUGUGCUGCACCGUGUGCCUAGACUUGCCCAAGGCGUCUGUAUACCAGUGUACCAAUGGACAUUUGAUGUGUGCGGGCUGCUUUAUCCACCUCUUGGCUGAUUCUCGUCUCAAAGAGGAGCAGGCAACGUGUCCCAACUGCAGGUGUGAGAUCAGCAAGAACCUAUGCUGUAGGAACCUCGCGGUGGAGAAGGCUGUCAGUGAGCUGCCGACAGAAUGUACCUUCUGCUUAAAACAGUUCCCCCGCUCCAGCUUAGAGAGACACCAGAAAGAAGAGUGCCAAGACAGGGUGACACAAUGUAAGUACAAGAGGAUCGGCUGUCCUUGGCAGGGUCCCUUCCACGAGCUCCCAGCACACGAGAGCGAGUGCUCCCACCCCACUAAGACGGGAACGGAGCUGAUGGGAAUACUGGGGGAGAUGGACCAGAAUCACCACAGAGACAUGCAGCUGUACAACAGCAUCUUUAGCCUGCUGUGCUACGAGAAGAUCGGCUUCACAGAGGUGCAGUUCAGGCCGUACCGCACUGAUGACUUCAUCACUCGCCUGUACUAUGAAACGCCACGCUUCACUGUUCUCAACCAGACGUGGGUGCUAAAGGCCCGCGUUAAUGACUCUGAACGCAACCCCAACCUCUCCUGCAAGCGCACCCUCUCCUUCCAGCUCAUCCUCAAGAGCAAGGUGAACUCUUCCCUGGAGUGCUCCUUCCUGCUGUUGAAGGGUCCGUACGACGAUGUGCGGAUCAAGCCGGUCAUCCAUCACCACUCCUUCAGCAAUGACGCUAAUGAGACAGAUUACGUCCCUCUCCCCAUCUCUGAUUCUGUGGAGUGCAACAAACUGCUGGCUGCCAAAAACAUCAACCUGCGCCUGUUCAUCUUCCAAGUCCAAAAGUAAGGAGGAAGAAGAAUAAGAGGAGGAGGAGGAGAAGGAGGAGGAGGAGCACGAAGGAUUGGGGUGAUGCAAGCUGUGGGGGAAAGAAGAGAGAGGAUGCGAUGAAGAUUAAAAAGACACCACUGAACCACUGAUACCUCUUAACUCAACACACACACACACACACACACACACACACACACACACACACACACACAUACACACAAAAUAUAAAUAUUCACACGCCACUAAUUACACUUACCUCUUUUUACAAGAUAGUGAGACCCCUUGCUGGGGAGUUGUGAGUUGCUAUGGAGAUGGGUGGGCAUUUCUAUGGGAUAGAGGGGUGGGGGUUCCUCUGAGAUGGUUGGUGUGUACGUGCAGUGGCUCUUUUAAGGUCAGGAUGUGCCUGACCACUCACCCUGACACCUACAGCCAAAGGUAGCACACAUGCCGACCAAAGCAGGAUUUGCAUUUGUUUUGUGUGUGUGCGUGCGUGCGUGCGUGCGUGCUUGCGUGUGUGUGACUGAGUUACUCGAUGGACCCUGGGGUGCAGCCCAAAGUCUGCUUGCAUGUUUUAAAUGUCCCAAAGACAAUGUGAUAAUGUGAAAAUAGAGCAACUGACUCUACUGAGCUGUUCUUCGGACAUGUGGAUGAAUGUCGAGAGAACGAUUGUGUAUGUGUGUGUAAAAAGUGUUUGUUCCCUUUCCCCUCCCUUUAUUCACUUAAGGCCCAAUUCCCACCAACCAUUCAUUUUUGUUUUAGCAAAUAUUGCCCCUCAGACAUUGUCAGAGCAGACAAAAGGCGACAUCCCCCCAUUUAACCCCCUUUUACCUUUCACCAAGAGGAGAGAUGGCCUGGCUGCAUGCAUAUUUUAUUUCUUUGACUUAUUCCUGCAGCUGUGGUUAUAUUUAACCUUCAACACUAAUACUAUUUUUAUUUCUCUUAACCCUCUCUUAAUAUUUAAGUACCUGUGAACUUUUUAUUUUCCUUUUAGUUUGGUUUUAGCAUGUGAACAGCUGCCUGUGUGAGUGCGUGUGGAUAGAUAUUCUAGUCAAUGUCUCCUGCUGUGCACCACAAUACAACUCAUAGACCACAGGACCAGCAGAUAUCAAAAAGCCAAAGCCCCACAGUUGCUUUUUUAGUUGCAGGAAUAUCUUUAGGUGUCCAUUAAUAGUCACUGAACUGAAGUUCAAAGUUUUUUUUUAAGUAACUUGUUUGUCAUUGAAAAGCAAAAAUAUAUUUAAUUUAAAAAUGAUUUUUUUCAGUUUGGAAGCCAGAAAAUAUGGAGCAUUUUGCUUCAAAUGUUUCCAAAAUCAAAGUCUUUAUUAGAAUAGUUGCUGAUGAUUUUACUUUUGAUUCACUCAUUGAUUGAAAACAUUUUUAGAUAAAAUAUAUUUUGACACAAUGUUGGCAAAUAAAAGCUUAGCUUCAACAGAAGAACCAAAACUAACUGACGUACAGUGAAACCUGGGGCUGAUUGCAUUCUAGGUCUUAUAUACCAAUAAUUGAAUUUGAUGGGAACUUGCAGACAACAGGAGACCAGCAGUAAAUCGUUGCUCUCAAACAGGCUGAUCCGGCCACAGGGACGAGUCUGCAGCAGCCAGGGGAUCAAACACAAACGGCGAGCACAGAUCUGGACCCGUGUGCUCCAAGCUCAACAGCCCCCUGGAGAAGACUUUACUAGAAGACAAGGCUUUGGCUGGUGAUGAGUUGUGUGGGCGUGUGCGUGUGCGUGUGUGUGGCAGGGGUGGGGGCGGGCGGUUUUACCUUACCACAGCGAUGUAUUAGUGUUAGACUUACUUGAAGAAGAAGAAGAAGAUGAUGUUACUUAAGUAGAUUCUACUGUAAAGCAGAUAGAUCUCUCUCCUCCUGACCUCUACUUCCUGUACUUGUGUUUUAAUGCUUCGUCUCUAUGACAGUGGCUCACUCAUCUCACUAUGGCUGUACAUGUGCCUUUUAUUAAAGAUCAUGGAACCUGCACUGCUGCUCACGUUUUUGUGUGGAGCGUGUCUGAAUGCACAAGGGGCAAAAAUAGAGCUGGCUUUGUGAAACGGUGAUCAUAUGAAUUAUGCAUGUGGUACUGCAGUUAUGAAAUAUAAAUUUACUUUUAAAGCUU